UUGCAACAUUGGUGUACGGGACAUGGUUGUCACUGUGAUUCCUAAGUCUGGCUCAGGAACUGAUGCUUCGCUCCUUCCUGCUGCCUUCGCUGAGACAAAACUUCAGUGUCCAUCACCCACCAUCCAGGGAGCAAUUCUGACUGGCACACGGAGAUCUUCCUUUCAGAAAACCCAUCCAAGGCGAUCUGAGAGCCUGUCAGCUCCACCACAUGGAUUCAGGGAACCUUACUAGAGUGUCAGAAUUUCUUCUCCUGGGACUAUCAGAGGACCCAGAACUGCAGCCCCUCCUAUUUGGCCUGUUCCUCUGCAUGUACCUGAUCACUGUGCUGGGAAACCUGCUCAUCAUCCUGGCUGUCAGCUCAGACUCCCACCUGCACACCCCCAUGUACUUCUUCCUCUCCAACAUGUCCUUGGUAGACAUCUGUUUCACCUCCACCACCAUCCCAAAGAUGCUGCUGAACAUCCAGACACAGAGCAAAGCCAUCACCUAUGCAGGCUGCAUCACACAGAUGUAUUUUUUCAUACUCUUUGCAGGGUUGGAUGACUUUCUCCUGACUGUGAUGGCCUAUGACCGCUUCGUGGCCAUCUGUCACCCCCUGCACUACAUGGUCAUUAUGAACCCCCGACUCUGUGGACUGCUUGUUCUGGUGUCCUGGAUCAUCAGUGUCCUGAAUUCCUUGCUGCUUUGCUUAAUGGUUUUGAGACUGUCCUUCUGUAUGGCUUUGGAAAUCCCCCACUUUUUCUGUGAACUCAGUCAGAUGACCCAACUUGCCUGUUCUGACACCUUUCUUAACAACAUGGUGAUGUAUUUUUUAGCAGUGCUACUGGCUGGUGGUCCCCUGGCUGGAAUCCUUUACUCUUACUCUAAGAUAGUGUCCUCCAUACAAGCAAUCCCAUCAGCUCAGGGGAAGCAUAAAGCAUUUUCCACCUGUGCAUCUCACCUCUCAGUUGUCUCCUUAUUUUAUGGUACAAGCCUAGGUGUGUAUCUCAGCUCUGCUAUUACCCACAACUCACAGUCCAGUGCAAUUGCCUCAGUGAUGUACACUGUGGUCACACCUAUGUUGAACCCCUUCAUCUACAGCCUCAGGAACAAAGACAUAAAGGGGGCUCUGAAAAGAUUCUUUGGGAUGGUGGGUAAGCAAGGGACAAUUGUCCUAGGGCUGAUGAAGUCCCCAUUAUUAUAGGACCCAAAGCCUUGUAGUCAGAAUUUGCAGUUCUUUAAUCAGGUUGUAGAAACACAAAUUGCUUCUUUCAUUUAUUUAUUAGAAUUUUUAUUCAAUUUCUCUGUGCAAUUUAAGUAACCACUUUCUUUAAAUUUAUUCUUCUGAUAUCUGAUAGUUUUCCUUGAUAUCAAUUUUUUUCUUCCUGUUUUCCAAAUUUAUUCCCAAUCUUGGAUAUGAAAUUUUUGGAAGUUUUCAUUUAUCUCAUGAAACUGCUUGGAUUGCUUAAGAGUAAUUUCUUCUAGAAUGAAAAAUAUCACCCAUGUAGUAUCUCCUUAGUUUUACUAAUAAAAUAGCUAUAAGUUUUACCACUUGAAAGAACAAGCUAAGCUUGGCAACUAGGCCAUUUCUAUAAUUUUCAAAUGAGGAUAAUUUGAGACCACAGUUUUUUACUUUUGUGUCUGUCAUUCCUUUUGUUAUCAACAC